AAAACCACAAUAUCUCAAGUCUCAUCUUCCACCCUCAAUCCAACUACAAUGGAUACCAAAACUGGACUGUGGUCGUCAGUCAAAGACCCCCAAUCGGGAAUGUGGUCUCUGCCAACGAGCCCAACGUCUCCGACUGCGCCUGUUGCUUCGGCGCUGCCGCCGACGUACAGGUUGAAGAAUCAGGGACGUCGAGUGGCCCAGAUCGUGAAGCUGAAGCCGGAGUGCGUGGAAGCUUAUAAGGAGUGCCAUGCCAAGGUUUGGCCGGAGGUUUUGAAGCAGAUCAAGGAAUGUAAUAUUGAGGAUUAUUCCAUCUUCCAUGAUCCUGCAUCCACCAUCCUAUUCGCUUCUUUCAAGUACGUGGGUUAUAACUGGGUGGGAGAUAUGGAGAAGAUGCGAGAGAACCCGAAGGUUCAGGAGUGGUGGCGGAUGACGGACGGUUUUCAAGAAUCGAUGGUUGAGGGAGCCAAGAGUAGUAUCGAUGGGGAGCCUUCAUGGUGGAGAGGCUUGGAGGAGGUGUUUUACACUCCAUGA